GCCCCUUGAAAAGGCAUUACGAAAAAAAUAGAGGGGGGAAAGCUAGUUCCAUUUUGAAGUUCGGCGCAAAAAGUAGGGUUAAAUUUUCAGUGGGAAUUGCUCUGUUUCACGAGGGCUUAGAUUCUUGCUGCUUGUGGAAGGAUCUUCUUCUAAGCCUUUGUUUGUAGAUCCCAUUGGCCAUAUUAUCAUGUUAUGUGCAUCUACAAGGUAUGGCUUCCCCAAAUUUCCCCACUUUCUCCUCUCUUCCGUCCUUUUCUCUUUACCUUAUUCCCUUAAUCUCAAGUUCCAUGCUCACACCCAAACCCCUAUUGCAAAUAACAUCGACGAUGCUGUCGCUUCAUUCCAUCGUUUGCUUCGUAUGCAUCCCCCACCCUCCAUAAUUCAAAUUAAUAAGCUUUUAGGAUCAAUUGCCAGGGCUAAACAUUAUCGCACUGCUAUCUCAUUGUUUGCACAAGUAGAGUCGAUGGGAUUCACCCCUUGUUUAUUCACACUCAGCAUCUUGAUCAAUAGUUACUGCCAUGUAGGUCAGAUGUAUUCUGCUUUCUCAAUAUUAGGGAAGAUUCUGAAGAUGGGUCUUCAACCGAAUACCAUAACUUUGACUGCACUAAUGAAAGGACUCUGUUUUAAUAACAAGGUUGAGAAAGCACUACACUUCUAUGAUGAGCUAAUAUCGAAAGGAUUUCAAUUAGAUGAGGUUAGUUAUGCCAUCUUAUUAAAUGGUUUGUGUAAAACGGGGAAAACAAGGUCUGUCACUAAGUUGCUUCGAAAGAUGCUGGACCAGGGAAUUAAACCUGAUGUAGUUAUCUACAAUAUAAUCAUUGAUGGCCUUUGCAAAGAGGGACGUGUAAUUGAAGCACGUGAUUUGUGUUUUGAAAUGAAUGAUCUUGGAAUUUUUCCAAAUGUUGUCACUUACAGCUCUCUAAUCCACGGUUUCUUUAGCAUAGGGCAGUGGCAGGAAGCUACUCAGUUGCUUCAUGAAAUGAUAUUGAAAGACAUCAAACCAAAUGUCUAUGUCUAUAAUAUAUUGGUUGAUGCAUUUUGUAAACAAAGAAGAAUCACAGAAGCCCAAGCUGUGUUUGCUAGGAUGAUGAAAUGUGAUGAGAGACCUGAUGUUGUAACUUUCAAUGCUUUAAUGGAUGGGUGUUGUUUGAUGAAUAAUAUUAAUGAGUCAAAGGAAGUAUUCAAUAGGAUGGUCCAAAGUGGGUUGACAGCUGAUGUAUUUAGUUACAAUAUCUUGAUUAACGGAUUAUGUAAGAUUAAAAUGGUUGAUGAAGCUUUUGAUCUCUUUAAAGAAAUGCACUGCAAAAACGUGGUUCCCGUUGAUGUAACUUAUAAUUCUCUUAUUGAUGGCUUGUGCAAAUUAGGGAGAAUGUCACAUGCGCAAGAUCUUUUUCUUGAGAUGCAUAAUAGUGGUCAUACUCCUGACAUAAUCACUUAUAAUAUUAUGUUAGAUGGGUUUUGCAAAAGUCAGAAUCUUGAAAAGGGCAUUGUGUUAAUCAAGGAAGCUGUGGACCGAGGAAUUUGGCCUGUUGUAUGCACAUACAAUAUACUUAUUGAUGGUUUGUGUAAAGCUGGUAGACUAAAUGAUGCACGAAAGAUUUUUAAGUACCUUUUAAUCAAAGGCCAUCUUUUUGAUGUCUGUGCUUAUAACAUAAUGAUCAAUGGCCUUUGUAUGGAAGGCUUACUUGAUGAAGCUAUGGCUAUGCUUCCAAAAAUGAAAGAGAAUGGCUGCCUCCCUGAUUCAAGAACAUAUGACAGACUUAUUCAAGCUCUUUUGAAAUUUAGUGAGAAUGAUAUGGCAGAGAAGCUGAUUCACGAAAUGGUCAACAGUGGGUUGCAAGAACGAUGAAACAAGUUCGUCCAAGACAUGCAUGCCGUACAAAAGCAAUGGCCUUGACAUAUAUUAUUAUGAUUGAUGGGCUUUGUGGAAGGCUUGUUUGAGGAAGAGAUGGUCUUGGUUUAAAAAAUAAAAGCGAAUGGCUGCCCCUUGGAUACCAUAACUCUUGUCUCAAUUGUCCAAACUCUCCAGAAAAAAAAAUGGAGGAUGACAAGGCUAAGAAAAGUCCUUCUGCAUAUGAUUGUCAGAGACAGAGGUCGUCCUACAUAAUUAAACAAGGUCAGAUACUUCAGUUUUGAGUUCAUACUUAUUUUAAUGGUGAAUUUCCCUAAUGGUUUGAUCAAUUCACGUCCUAAAUUAUUAAACAGCCUUUUUGUCAUGGAAGAAGCUGUGAUCAAUUCAUGUAAAAAAAAUAUUUUGAUUUCAUGCCCUUCCCUGUACUCCAACAGUUAAUAUUGAGUUUAAAGACUGUGAACAGGCUGCCGGAGCAGGGGUGCUAAACAAGAGGAUAGAGCUCCAACCAGUACAGACAUCUUAAGUUUGCCGAUUGGUGCUUCAGUCAACUCAAGAGGUGAAAAUGCUUGUGGUGUGAUUAUCAAAAGCAUUAUCGAUGAGUGGGUGAUUAUCAUUUGGGGUGUGCCCACCAACUGUAACUGAUGUUAAAGGAAUUAGUAAAGGUCCGGAUAUUUGCUGGAAUAAGGGAAUAUGCAUAGCUGAAAUCACUACUGAGUACUGACAGUGCUUGGGCGUUGAACUUGUUAACUAGAGAGUAUAUGGUGAUCAUCCUUGUCAGAGAUUUUACAGAGGAAGCUAGGAAAACCAUUGAUAAAAAUUAGACUGUAACAUUGAAAUUUAUGUACAGGGAAUUCAUUUUGGAGGCUGAUAGGUCAGCAAAACUGGCCCCUUUUUUUUUUUUUUUUUGCUUCUUUGAUCAACUUCCACCUCAAAUUAGGGAGGUGGGAGAUGACGAAAGGUUGUUGGUUUUUUCUUUCCUGGUAUUUUUGUACCUCAUUGUUUCAAUGAUAGUUUCAGUUCCUAUUCAAUAAAAGACUCUGAACAUUACUCUGUC